AUGAAUACACCGGCGGAAUUACAUGCAGCAAUCAAUGGAAUAAACCAGAACAAGCAAACCAAGAAAAAGGAAGAGGAGCCCAUGACGUAUGGCGACGAUUGGCAAGUCCGAGCAGCUGGCCGAGUAAUGGCGCUCCUCUUUACCGCAAAUAAUGCAGACGUCGCUCGAAGGCCGGCGGGAGCCCUGGGUCAUGAAUCAAGCCAUCGUGGACACAUGAUUCCGAUCAGUUCAUUUUAUAAUACAAGGCUAGAUUAUUCCAACCUUGUGGUGCCUGAUUUCGAGGCUUGGGAGUCGAAGACAUCGAAGUUCUCAUUCUGUCAGUACCCUUUCUUUCUCAGUAUUGGAGCAAAGAUCCAGAUUCUGGAACAUGAUGCUCGUCGCCAGAUGGAGGUCAAGGCUCGUGAAGCAUUCUUCAACAGCAUUCUGAGUAGAAAGGCCGUGAGCCAAUACUUUGUGCUGAAAGUACGGCGUGACUGUUUGGUAGAAGACAGUCUACAGCGUGUCGGCGAGGUCCUCGGGUCUACUCCUGAGGAAAUGAAGAAAGGACUGCGGAUCGGAUUCAUCGGUGAGGAGGGCGUGGAUGCCGGCGGGCUUCGAAAGGAAUGGUUCCUGCUUCUUGUGCGGGAGGUCUUUGACCCCUAUCACGGGCUUUUCAUCUACGAUGAAGACUCACAGUAUUGUUAUUUCAACCCGUAUUGCUUUGAAUCUUCGGAGCAGUUCUUCUUGGUUGGAGUUGUUUUAGGACUUGCUAUUUAUAACUCUAUCAUUCUUGACAUUGCGCUUCCACCAUUCGCAUUCAAAAAAUUGUUAGCGGCAGCGCCGCAGACGUCCGCACCACAACCAUUGACUACCCGCCCUACGUAUAAAUGCAGCUUAGAUGAUCUAGCGGAGUACCGGCCAGUUCUUGCUAGAGGUCUGCGGAGACUUUUGGAAUUUGAGGGAGAUGUUGCCGAGACGUUUUGCCAUAACUUUGUAGCCGAUGUUGAUCGGUAUGGCGAGGUUAAAUCUAUCCCAUUGUGCCCUGGCGGCGAGAAGAAACCGGUGACGAAUGCGAAUCGCCGGGAGUUCGUGGACCUAUACGUUCACUACCAUUUGGACACUGCCGUCACGCGGCAGUUUGAGCCGUUCCGACGUGGGUUUUUCAGUGUCUGUGGCGGUAAUGCAUUGUCCUUAUUCCGCCCCGAGGAGAUUGAAUUACUGGUGCGUGGAUCAGAUGAGCCGCUGGAUGUGAAAUCGCUACGUGCGGUUGCCACAUACCUAAACUGGCAAACAACAAAGCCAGAGUCAGUACCUGUGGUACAAUGGUUCUGGGAGUACUUCGAGCGCACGAAGCCUGAUGCACAACGCAGACUUCUUUCAUUUAUUACGAGCAGCGACCGCAUUCCAGCCGUCGGGGCAACGAGUCUAAACAUCCAACUGGCCUGUCUCGGUGAUGAUUCGUCACGGUUCCCGAUUGCACAUACAUGUUUCAACCGGCUGGGACUGUACCGGUAUGCGACACGGGAAAAGCUUGAGCGGCUACUCUCGGAGGCGGUAUUAAACAGUGAAGGAUUUGGACUCAAGUAG